AUGACCGGCUCGUUGAACACCUUCACGACUACGCGAAGAAGACUGAGAGUUCUAAAACCACCAAGAGACGCCUAUCGUGGUGCGCCAGCAGAGGCGAUAAAGGAAGACCUUAAAGAGAGAAGAGCAGAAGUACUGGCUGAAGCUGCAGAGGCGGGGAAAAGCAUCCAUCGAGACUUCGCCAGUCGCAAGACAAGGAUGACUGCUCUCCGGAACCCGAAGGGAACAACCAUUGCAUCGAGAAGGGGGAUGGUGAAAAUCAUCUACGUCUUCUACUCCGAUCUCUUCGACAGCCAUGUCCACUUGCCUUCUCACCAUCUGAGGGAAGACGGACAUAUCAUUACAGAGGUUCUCCCGUCCGAAAUGCGACAUGCUAUCAUGUCGGUAAGAAAUCGUACGGCACCCGACAGAAUAAGAGCAGAACAACUGAAGAACCUUCCGCCAUUGUUUAUCAACACCCUGGUGAGGCUCUUUACACGUUACCUGUCGGAAUGCAAGGUUCCUAAACAGUGGAAGACCAGCAAUACCGUGUUGCUGUAUAAAAAGGGAGAUCCACAUGACAUUGGCAACUAUCGCCCAAUCUGCUUAGUGUCCGUCAUCUACAAGCUCUUUACAAGAGUGAUCCUUAAUAAGAUUGAAAAAGUCUUGGAUGAAGGACAGCCAUGCGAGCAAGCAAGGUUUCGAAAAGGAUUCAGCACGAUUGACCACGUUUACACUGUUUCGAAACUCAUCGAGGUAUCACGAGAGUACAAGAUGUCGCUUUGUCUCAUCAACUUCAUCGACUUGAAGAAGGCCUUCGACUCAGUUGAGACGGAAGCGGUCGUGGAAGCCUUGGACAACCAAGGCGUUCCUACUCAGUACAUAAAGGUACUUCGAAAGUUGUACCGUAACUUCACGACCGGAAUUUCGCCAUUCUACAAGAAUAUCAUCAUUGACGUGAAGAGUGGGGUCCGACAGGGUGAUACAAUCUCACCCAAAAUAUUCACAGCCACCCUCGAGAACGCAAUGCGAAAGUUGGAAUGGGACGACAUGGGAGUGAAGGUCGACGGUCGGCAGCUACACCAUUUGCGCUUCGCUGAUGAAAUCGUACUGAAAACACCUAGCAUCAGCCAAGCGGAACGAAUGCUGACCGAAUUCGACGAAACAUGUGGAUGCAUCGGUCAUCAGCUGAAUCUACAAAAGAUGAUGUUCAUGCGGAACGGAUGGGACUCGGAUGCCCCAUUCACGCUCAACGGAACGAACAUAUCCGAAUACACCAGCUACGUUUAUCUGGGUCGGGAACUGAACAUGAUGAACGACCUGACCCCCGAGCUGGGCAGGAGGAGACGAGCGGCUUGGGGAGCGUAG